CACCAAUGCCAGCAAAAGCAAAGCAAACCCGACACCCUCAAAAUCUCCAUGACCCAACCACUUCCUCUCAUGCGUAGAGCCCCCUCCUUUUUCACUCUCAUCCAUUAACUCUCUCUCUCUCUCUCUCUCUGUGAAUCCCUUUAAACUUAUAUUCAUUCCAACAGCCAGCGCUCUUUCAACUCAGACUUGCAAUGGCGCUGUUCCAUCCAUUUUCCUGUUUGGCCCUCGUCUUCCUCCAUACCCUCCUGUCCCUUCUCGUCAUUUCACACCAGCAACCCCUGCUCGACCCGGCCGAGAGCGACGCCGUCUUCCGGGUUCUCAACUCCGUCAACCCCGCCGUCCCCUGGCGAACCGUGUUCCCAGACGACGACCUCUGCUCGUCCGCCCCACACGGCGUCGUUUGCGACUACUUCUUCGAUGACAACGGCGACGUUCCGUCGUCCGCCCAUAUCACCGAGCUCAGCUUCGGGUUCGUCUCGGACUACGCUCCGAACCCGCCUUGCAGUUCAGACUCCACCAUCGACCCCACACUCUUCACCGCCUUCAAGUUCCUCCGCAAGCUCUUCUUCUACAAGUGCUUCACCAACGAAACGCGCCGCGUUUCGCUCCCCGCGGACGCCGUUUCGCCUGGCUUCUCGUCCGCUCUAGAGGAGCUGGUCUUCAUUGACAACCCGGCUCUGGUUGGGCCUCUCGGUAGCAUACUCCGUAAUUACACGAACCUGAGAAGGGUAGUUCUGACCGGAAACGGAGUUUACGGCGAAAUCCCAGAAGGGCUCGGCGACGAUUCGGUCGGUCUCGAGGAACUCACGCUCUCGAGAAACCAACUCUCCAGCCGAGUGCCGUCGAGCUUAUCGAAGCUGAAGAGCCUGAGAGUUCUUGACCUGAGUCACAACCAUUUUGACGGAUAUCUCCCCGAAGCUCUGGGUAAUCUGACGGAGCUCUUGAAGCUGGACCUGACCUCCAACGGGUUUUCCGGUAAAAUCCCAGAGCGUUUAAGGAACCUACAGAGCUUGGAGUUCCUGGACCUGAGCUACAACCGUUUUGGCAACUACGGCCUGCCGUUGUUCCUAGCGGAGAUGCCCAGGCUGAGAGAGGUGCAUUUGAGUGGGAAUCCGCUGGGAGGGGCAAUCCCAGAAAUAUGGAAAAAUCUGGGGGGUGUUUUGGGGAUUGGAUUGUCAAACACGGGACUGGUUGGGAAUAUUCCGGCUUCAAUGGGGGUACACUUGAGAAACCUGCGUUACUUGGGGCUUGACAACAACAGCCUUGAGGGGACUGUGCCGGUGGAGUUUGCGCUCUUGGGGACCGUGAGCGAAAUCAAUCUGGAGAACAACAAUUUGAGCGGAAGACUUCCAUUCUCCGCCAAAAUUGGCGGAAAGCUGAAGCUCGGUGGCAACCCAGAGCUGUGUGUGGAUGAGCGGUUGGGCUCCGGCAGCCUGGAGAAAGUGAAGGUGUGCGCCAACAAACCUGUUAUUCCCAAUGCCACCCUUUUCAGCGCGAGUUCUAAUCCACUGCUGGCUGUCCCUCAUGCGCUCGUCUUUCUCGGGUUUCUGGUUUGUCUUGGGUUGAUUAAUUCCUAGGUUUUAGAUGGUUAAUUAAAGACAGAGAUUAGGGGCUAACAAAAUGAAAAUGAACAGGUUUUAACACUGAUUUUGGAGAAAAUAAAUUUUGGGUGUGUUAUGUGGUUGUCGUGCGACAGGGAGAUUUAUGUAAUUACGGUACUUUUGCUACAGAGAAUUUCAUAUAGUUUAAUGUUUUAAAUUUA